AGCUAAAUUUAUUAUGCUAUCCAGUUUCCAUUAACUGGCACUUUUUAACAAUUGGAUCUUUUUAAUACUUUCUUUUCUAGCAAAUGGUUAUUGAAAAUGCACGGGAAAAAAUACUAAGCAACAAAUCUCUUCAGGAAAAACUUGCAGAAAACAUCAAUAAAUUUUUGACUAGUGACAACAAUAUUGCUCAAGUACCUAAGCAGACAGAUAGCAGCCUUACUGAGCCAGAAACCUCAAUUGAUGAACUAUUUGGACUUCAGAGUGAAAUUCACAUGUCUGAAGAAGUUAUACAGGAUAUAUUGGAACAAACAGAAUCAGAUCCAGCAUUUCAGGCACUGUUUGAUCUCUUUGACUAUGGUAAAACAAAGAAUAAUAAAAAUAUAUCACAAGGCAUUUCUGACCAGCAUAUGGAAACUGAUGCCAAUGUUGUCUUAGUAGAUGAAACAAAUCUCUCAGUUAAAGAUUCUUUUAAAACAGAAGAAUCUGAUGCACGAUCUGUUGAGCCCCCAUUUUGUACAUCCUACCAAAGUGAAGACUCAGCAAAUGCUUUGAAGGAUGGCACCAACCAGAAUGAUCUUAGACAGGAAGUCCGGGAACAUUUUCCCCAAAUAAGCCCUAGCAUACAGAAAAAGGCCUUUAAAACAGUUGUACCUUCUCAACAAAAGUGUACCCUUGAUAUUACCUUUGAAUCUGUGCCUAACUUGAAUGACUUUAACCAAAGAGUAAAUUCUAAUGCUGAAUGUAAUCAGCAUUGUGCUGAAUUAUACAGCAGUCAGGUGACCGCUGAAACUGAAAUGGCUCUGGAAGUUGAAAACAAUUCUUUGUGUCCAAGUGUGCCAAAUGAGUCUCAUUUACAGCCUCAUCAAUGUGAUAUACCAAUAACUUCAUUUGUUUCCCUUGGUGGUGAAACUAACAAUGAAAACUUAAUCCUCUCUGGGAAAACUUCUCAAUUUUUAUCCCAUAAUACUCCAUUAACUGGGAAGCCAACUAGAAAAAGUCAAUUUUGUGAAAGUUCUAAGGAUACAGGAAUACUUAAAACUAGUCUGCUUGGUUCCAAGUCACCAGAUUCUAGUGAAAUUCACCAGAGUAAAAUUGAAAUUAAUAAUGUAUUACCAGUUGCAUCACAACAGCUUUCAGAUUGCCAAGGUAAUUCUUCACUUCAGAGUAAAAUAUUACCAGUGUCUGUUGAAAGUUCAUGUUUAAAUAUAUCUGAACAAGUAGAAAUUUGUGUUGGCGAUUCAUUAUCUUCAAUUAAACACCCAUCUAAUGAUUCAUCACCUAUUGAAUUAAAUCAUACAGACCAAGAAAUUCUGCCCUCCAAGUCUGAGAAAGUUGUUUUGGAGUCACAAGAGCCUUCAUCUUCUGUAAAAGAAGGUGGAGAAAGUAUUUUUCUCUCUUUAGGUGAAAAUGAAAACUGUAGGGAAGUUGCAUUGAUCCCUCCAGAAGGUAAUCCUAUAGAAGAUAGACACACUCUUCCUUCUGAACCUGUGUGUUCUUCAAUGGGAGAUUCUCGCCCUGAGUCCCAAAAUACUGGUAAAUCUGCUGGUGACAACCCAAAUGAGAUAGAUGCAUCAAAUAUUGUGUCUCUGAAAAUUAUCAUCAGUGAUGAUCCAUUUGUUUCCUCGGAUGCUGAACUUAAUAGUGCUGUUUCUAGUAUCAGCGAAGAAAACUUGCCAACUAUAAUUUUGUCUUCUGCUAAAUCACCUGCAAAAAAUGCAGAAUUAGUUAAGUGCCUGUCUUCAGAAGAAACUGCAGGUGCCACCACAUCUGCUGAAGGAAUAGAGGAUUCAGCUUCAGUGGAACAGAGCCUGCUAGGGCUCAAACCUGAAGACUCUGCAGUGAACAGCACUCAGAAUGAGGACAGCAUAGCUUUUUCAGCGAAUGUUUCACCGUGUGUUUCAAAGGAUGGAGGAUACAUACAGUUGAUGCCAGCCACAAGCACAACUUUUGGCAAUUCAAAUAACAUUCUAAUAGCUACCUGUGUGACUGAUCCAACAGCCUUGGGAACAACUGUAAGUCAGUCUAAUGUUGUGGUGUUGCCUGGAAACUCUGCACCUAUCACUGCUCAACCUCCACCACCUCAGUUACAGACACCACGGGCAAACAGUGUAUUUGCUGUCAACCAAGCUGUGUCACCCAGCUUUUCACAAGGAUCUGCCAUCAUAAUCGCUUCUCCAGUCCAGCCUGUACUCCAGGGAAUGGUGGGAAUGAUCCCUGUGUCUGUGGUUGGACAGAAUGGAAAUACCUUUUCUGCUCCUCCUCGACAGGUCCUUCAUAUGCCUUUGGCAGCACCUGUAUGCAGUAGAAGUAUCUCUCAAUUCCCCAUCCCUCCAAAAUCUCAGAAGACUCAGGGAGUAAGAAGCAAGCCUUGUACAGGAAAACAGGUAAAUAAUUUGGUGGAUUCGUCGAGUCAUUUAGUUGGAUGCUCUGCCCAAAGAGUUGAAGUUUCUGACAAGAAGUUGACCACAGAUCUUGGGAAAAAAUUGGAAGAAACCACCGUUCCCUUGUCAGCAGAGAAUGUAGUUCCAACUAGCAAGCCAUUUGAAAGCCACAGGCGUGUACUUUGUUUUGAUAGCACUGCUUCUCCUGUGGCAAAUACACAGGGGCCAAACCAUAGGGUGGGGUCCCACAACAAAGAGAAGAAUGACGUUUUACUUCCUAAUCUUGACUUACCCCUUUCGUCCUCCACCUUAAAACCCCCUUCUCAUAAUGCUCUCAAAAGAGAGAAACCUCCUGUGCCUAAGAUUUUAUCUAAAUCAGAAACUGCCAUUAGUAGACAUACCACCAUAAAAGAAACUCAGUCAGAAAAGAAAGUUUCACCAACAGAAGCUGUACUUGAAUCUUUCCAUAAAGCAACAGCUAACAAGGAGAAUGAAUUAUGCAGUGAUAUGGGAAAAAAUCCAGAAACCUCAAAACUGUCUAAUGGACAGCAAAAUGGGGGUUUAAGAAAUGAGAAAACUAUAACUUCACUGCAAGAACUAACCAAAAAACAAGGCACAGCCUCAAAUGGUAAAAAUGUCACUUCAGUGGGUCCAACUGUGAAGGAUCUGAAACAAGAACAGACCAAAUCUGCCAAUUCUUUGAUGAGCCCCCUAACCAAACAUCCUUCAGAAAUGUUACAAGAUGUUCAGUGGCAUAGUCCAGUCAGUAGGCUCCCUGAUAGCGCUGACUUACCUGUUCCCCGGACACCUGGCUCAGGGGCAGGGGAAAAGCAUAAGGAAGAACCUGCUGAUGGUAUCAAGGUCCCCUCCAGCAGGCGUUUCGGUGAGGACAGUAGCGUGCCCAAAGUGAUGGUCCCCCCUGUCACUCCAGACUUGCCUGCCUGCAGCCCCGCCAGUGAGACUGGGAGUGAGAACAGUGUAAACAUGGCUGCCCACACACUGAUGAUUCUCUCUAGAGCAGCCAUCUCAAGAACUGCUUCUACUCCUCUGAAAGACAACACGCAGCAGUUCAGGGCCUCUUCAAGGAGCACAACAAAAAAGCGGAAAAUUGAGGAAUUAGAUGAGCGGGAGCGCAGCCGUACUUCUGGUAAAAAUCUUGCAAAUUCAUCAAUACCAAUGAAGAAGAAGAAAAUUAAGAAAAAGAAGCUACCCAGUUCAUUUCCAGCUGGAAUGGAUGUGGACAAAUUUUUGUUAUCAUUACAUUAUGAUGAGUAAAUAUGAACGUAUUAGAAUAAUAGGUGUAAAACUCUUAUCCCUUAAGCUGUGAGUGUAGGGAAUGAGAUAUUGACAGACUCUGAAAGCAUGACCUGCACUUUCCUUGUACUGAAAUUUCACUUUAUAUCUAAAUCAUGCUGUUUCUGAAGCAGCUUCCUACUUGUAAAUAGAUUUAACUGGUAUAUUUUUUAUUUUGAAAAAAAUUUGCAGAAAUGUAAGUAAAGCCAAUCUGCAAAACUGUAUAGCUUUGACAAUUGCAUAUGUA